AUGUCGAGCCGUCGCAAAACGAUACUUAAGGUGAUCAUCUUGGGAGAUUCGGGUGUUGGAAAGACGUCAUUGAUGCAACAGUUCAUUAAUGGGAAGUUCUCCCAGCAAUACAAAGCGACAAUUGGUGCAGAUUUCCUUCCAAAAGAGUUGAAUAUCGAUGAUAAACAGGUAACCAUGCAAAUUUGGGAUACUGCAGGACAGGAAAGGUUCCAAAGUCUUGGCGUUGCAUUUUACAGGGGUUCAGAUUGCUGUGUUCUAGUGUUUGAUGUUACCAACACCAAGUCCUUUGAGAAUUUACAAAGUUGGAGGGAUGAAUUUCUUAUCCAGGCCAACAUCAAGGACCCUGAUAACUUCCCCUUUGUGGUGAUAGGAAAUAAAAUCGAUGUUGAGGAGAAUAAGAGGAUGGUUAGCUCCAAGAAAGCUCAGGCACUAUGUGCUAGCUUGGGAAAUAUACCUUAUUUUGAGACCAGUGCUAAAGAGGCAGUUAACGUGGAGCAGGCCUUCGAUGUUGUUGCCAGAUGUGCACUACAACAGGAGGAGAGCUUGGAAUACAGUGACGAUUACACUGAUGCCGUCAACAUCCAUGUCGAUGGUGACAACAGCAGCUGUGGAUGCUAG